ACGAGCAUGAGGUACGGCCACUGGCAUAAGGACAAGAACGCGCUCAACAUCAAGAACGUGCCGCGACUGUUGAUCUUCAUCAUCGGCGGCAUGUCCUACUCGGAGAUGCGGUGCGCCUACGAGGUGACCAACGCCUCCAAGAACUGGGAGGUCAUCAUAGGCUCGGAUCACAUCAUAACUCCGGAAGGCUUUCUGCAAAGCCUUCGUGAGCUCAGCAACUAAUGGACGGUUCGGUUCCGCUCUAAUCAUUCCAUUUGAUUAUUACUAUUAUUAUUAUUAUUAUUAAAUAUUAAUUAUUAAAUUAUAUUACUAUUAAUUAUAUAUAAAUACUGUAUUAAAAGAUAGCCUUUAAUUAGUGACUAAUAGUCAUAUGAAUUAGUGACUCAAUUAAAGCUUAUAAAUAUGUAAUCAAAUGCAAUAACUUUACGA